AUGGCAUCAACUGGAGGGGCAAAAUGUACACCUGCGAAAAAAAAAAACAAAAGGAAUGCGACCGCUGUCGUCGCGCUGAUAGAGGGCGAUCGAACUAUUAUUAUUUAUUUCUGCAGUGACCCAAUAAUGAGUGGUAUCAACUUAUGUUCCUCUCAGUUUCAAGAUAACGAUCAGUCAGAGGUCCACAAAACGGUUAACAACGAUCAAAGGGUUGUGGAAGGCGAAGAAGACCUGGUUGAUUUAUGUCGACAGCUAGACACUCAGCUCGAAGAAAAGGCGAAAAUGCACAACUUGAAUGCUCUGAACGUGAAGUCCAUACUCCAUAGGCUUAUCAAGGAUCCCCAUGUGCUAUCAGCAUUAAUGGGUAUCAAAGGAGACUCAGAUGAUAUACCAGCUUUGAAAGUGACUCGGUCAAAAGUCAAACAUACCUCUUCUGAAUCAGCGAGGGUCGAGCUGAAACCUGUUCAACCUCCCCGUACAUUCCUAGACGUCAAUUUUGAAAAUGAAGACGACGAUGAAGAUUACAGACCUGACGAAGUACAGAGUGAUGAAAGCGAUGAUGAGGAAGAUCCCAAUGAUACCGUUGUGGUUGAUCCGGAGAACGUCGAAGACCACGAGGAAUUGAUUCCUAGUGGAGUUGAGAAGUCGAGUGAUAAAGCAGACGAUAAGCUAAUGAUUUCCAAUAACAUAAACAAUGAUCGCGAGGCAUCAUCUUAUCAACUUAGAUCUCGAGUUUCACAUGUGGAGCAAAGCUGUACAUCUAGUAGUUUAUACCCCAGCUAUACACAAGAAAGUUUCGAUACUUUUAUUGACUGCGGUGGACAAGAGAUGCUCACUUUUGUGGAAAAUCCCGAUUAUCUGGACUUCCUCCAAGGCAUUCACGCUUCAACCUCUGCUUGCGGAAGCGAAAAUGUGGCGACAGAUGACGAUGAUCCUGACGACGAGGAGUACAAUGUACUAACUGAGCUGGAGAAGCUAGAAGAACUGGAAAGGGACAAAGACGAGCUGCGGAUGGACAGAUUUACAGAAAUCCCUAUGCGAGAAGUGGAAGGAUUGUUUUUGGAUCUUAUUGGAGAUGAUAUGGAAACGAUCCGUCCAGACCUGAUUUCGCUCAAUGCUCAGACACCUAAGAAGAAACGUCCGAAGAAACGCCGGUCUACAGAAGAGUUGUCCAAUUCCAAAAGAUCAGCAGUCCAUCCCAAGGUGUUACUUCCCGUGGAUGGACCGCCUCCUGAUGGUUCUUACUCAUGCAGUCUUAUUAGUGGAGAACCCAUCACUUUCAAGCCAGAAGAGUUGGCGCAGCUGCGUAUUCAGUUGGAGCAGCACGUGCAACUUCUCACGCAAUCUGUCGUAAUGUGCUACCACGAUACCCGUUUAACACAUGUGAAAAAUGAAUAUCAGUUGAUGAUUAAUGCGCUCGACUCUUUCUAUUACGAUAGUGGUGGUGACUCAUCGCUGUUUAACAUAAAUAAUCUGGGUGCUGCGAUCGAAUCCUGUCAUGAUAUAAUGGGUGUAACUGCUGUUGAAGAAGAGCUGGUGAAGUGGGAUCCUAAUCCAUUUGGUUGGUCUCCUCGACCAGAAGCAGCUCUGGUAUUAGGUCGGAGUCGUGCCAUCAUCUAUCCUGAUCUUUUGCCUGGUGUGCAACCUGAUCUAUUCGAAUUUCCCCACCAGUUUUUCACGCCUGGAGAAGAUCUGUUAUUGGCUCAUGCACUCAUUCAGUUUCGGCACAUCCCACAGUCUACCUCUCAAGAUCCGUUUGGACGCUUGUACUGGGUGCAGAGAAUGUUGCUUCCCUGUAAAACUAUAUCACAGAUCCGAGCCCAUAUCCGGCUUGCGCGAAAUCACACAGAAGGUCAAGUAAACGUUAGGAAUCCUAUUUAUCAGAUAAUAAUGCAAGCACUACGCGGCGUUUGUCACCUCCGAUUUCCAUUUGAGCGCCCUCUUGCUCGUUACGACACAUUACAAAUGUGGCCCGAUGAAGAAAGACCUAUCUGGUACAAUAAGUUUCUUAAGAACUUUAUGACCAUUGGUCCCACAAUGAUUAUUCCGUGCGGCAUUGCCAGUAAAAAACCGGCUUCAUUGCUCCAAGGAUGUGAAGGAAUUAGCCCAGUCUCCCCAGCAGUGUUAUUCCCGGAGAGAAGGUCGAACAUUUCAGUGUGUAGCUCAUCAAUAUUUUAUGAGGUUAACGUUGCUUUUCAACGAGAUGAGGAAGUUCGCGGAACUCUGGUGUAUGCUAGACCCUUCUCAUAUUGUUACGAAUCAGCUUCUGGGCAUUUCUGUUCCUCGACGAAAACUGUGGGAACGUUACAGAAAGCUGCUUCUUUUGGAAUGAUCAAGGCGAUCCCUUUCACCACGUCUAGAAACCCUUUGCCAGCACACGUGAAACUUGAAGCACAAACAGUCAUCAGAGAGCAGUCUUAUGAACUGGAUUCACUUAUGAAACCGUGGUGCCGCGAAAUCGCUAUUCAAGACCUUUCCUGCGAUCUCUCUCUUUAUCCUCCCCCGGAUUCACUUUCUCAUAACAGUGCACCUCUUCCACCCGGCACGUGUGAAGCUGUAGAUCACGAGUUCACUGUUUAUGAACCUAGCCGAGAGUUUUAUCCGUCUCCCAGUCUGCUACGUCAGGAGAGCCUACAGCUUCCGAAAUCAGAGUUUUCCGUCGAUAAUCGUUCCGUCGAGCCUGAAGAGGAAGAAACUACAAGUGGAAAAAGGUCGGUACAAACAUCAACCGAUGCUGAUGGACUGAGAACCAGCGGAUAUAUCAGUUUGUAUGACUUUCAAACUCGGGAAGCUUCCAAAUCAAAGCCAUCGUCUUCGAAGAAUAUCUCAAACUCUACGGAAACUAGCAAUUGCCGAGAAAACAGAGGACUUACUCAUUCAGGUGCCACACAUCAAAAGUCUAGAAGGAACUCCGAAAGCGUUUUCGACCGAAGUUAUAGAGGGACCAGGCGAUCCCGCGUUCGACGAAGAUCUAGAGAUUUUGAAUGCGAACUUGGCGAUUUUCAUCAAAGUAAACGAUUAAAAAGACUACCAGAAAUCUCAAUUGAGUCCGUGCAAGGAUCGAGAAGGCACGAACAACGCACGAAUGAUAGUGAUUUCUACAAAUCGACUGAGAAAGAGAAAAAAAGCAGCAGUCGCCGCCUGUUGUCAGGUAGAGCUGCAAACGAAAAUGAUCCUAAUGUCUGUGGAUCUGCUUGCACCAUUGAUUAUGAGUUUAAAGCAAACGAAAUGACUGGAAAUGUGCUCAUACAGCUCAAUUCUCGCACGAAGCAAGUAAUUAGGCUGAAAGAAAAUCUAAAGAAAUCGGCAACUACCCUCCUCCAGCUCACAGAUGUCAGUCCGCAAGAAAGAAGUCCCUCGGAUUGUUCCUUUGUGUCUGGUGGCAAUACGUUUAUGGAUAUCGCUCAAAUAUUUGACUCGUCACCUAUAAAAUGUUGGGAGGAUAACAAUCGCGUUUCUGAUGGCUUUCGUCUUCAUCAUUCUAGUGAGGCUUCCGGAGAUUCGGCACCGCGAGUGGAUAAUAAUUAUGUCGUGCCAAGGACUCCAACAUUCAGCACUCCUUCCAGUUGCUCUUCUGCCACUUUUUACCAACUCAGCGUAUCAACUUCUCAAAGCCCUAUUUCUGACUAUGGGCUUCCUGCAACGCCACGUGACGAUAUGCUAACCAGAAGUCCCAUUCUUCUGCGAGCUCCAUCAGCAGCUAGCAGGGCGUUGUUUGCGAAAAUCGAGAUCAAAAGUGUUCCUAAAGUUCCCGUUGCAAAUGUCGACUUAGCGAGUGUUGCGGCGUCUACAAAUUGUUGGAGAUCGACAUGGAAUUGUGAGAACAACUGUUCCACUUUGUACAAUGAUCAGGCGAGACCAUCGUCAGCUUCUGACGGAGCAGGACGUGAUGAUUCUGAAGAUAUGCCAGGAUCAAAGAGCUUUGAUGACCUUGAUCCGGGGGGAAAAACAAGGAUGAAGAGACGUACGCGAACAGAAAAGGAGCGGAUGGGAUUGGAACGAAUGCAAAACCUUCAUCAUAGAUCAAGUCGGAUGCAAUGUCUUGCGAGGAAAAUUGCAGAUGACAUAAGACAGCGAACUUUCAUGCAUCAAGAUGUAUGGCGUUCCGUAGAGAAGAUCGUGCUUGGUGAUGACAAUUUGGAAUCACAAUUCGACUGCCUGAAGGCAGCUUUACUUCCAAAGCAUGCAGAUGUGUUCGUGUUGUUGUCGUUAUUAGCGGACGACUCAAUAUUGCCACCGGAAAUACUUACAAGUCCACUACGGAGAGCAUAUUAUGGAGCGGUGCAAAUGCUUCUAGCAAUUGAGGCAUACUGCCAUGGCACCCGUUCUCGAAGCUCAAAUACUCGAAGUUUGUUGAAGACUAUCGGUACUAUGGGUCAAGCUUUGAACGAGACUGAUUUUUGCGACCGUCUUUAUGACCUUUUGAGUAAUGAACGACCCUUAUGGAGCUACGUUCGACAGUGGCUUCCACUACCGUAUGAGGAGGAUGUUACAUCGGCUGAUUUUGAGUUUAUUGAUCUUCGGAAGACGGUGGAUAAGGAGUUCGUGCAAGAUGACGGGGCAGAAUGUAUAGAUGAUUUGAAUGAAGUGCUUGGACCCCUUUCGUCAAGGAAAGGACUAUUGCAGGUGGCUGGAGGUCAGCUUAAUUUCCUUCAAAAUGCUAGCUAUAUACCCGUGUUGAUUAACAGAGAGAAGGAAUAUUUAGAAGAAAACAAGAUGCCUCAGGAACCGAUAUGGACAAAGGACGUAGAUAUUCUAAUCUUGAAGACAUAUAACAGCAUGGAUGGGAGCUGUGAAGAUGUAGCAAAUAUCCUGGCUCAAAAAUUACCUUAUUCUUUGAAGGAAAUAGCAACGAGACUCAACUUCCUUGUAUCUCUAUUCUAG